CUUCCUGUUGAAACAUGGCGGCGCUCUGACAAAUGUCACAUUACUUCUCCUGCUGAAAAUACACAACAACAGUCGCCUGUUACAUCUCCUGUGCCGCGGACAAAACAAACACAGCACCUGUGAAUAUUUCCUUUUACGUCCCUCAACGUCGUCGGAGGAUAUUUCAGCGAACACUAUGGUGCAUUUAUCGUCGCUUCUCCUAAAGAAGUACCAUGGCGGUUACGUUGUCCUUCGGCUGGCUCUUGCUGGCCACAAACAGCCAAACAGGCCCUUUUAUCGCAUCGUGGCAGCUUACAACAAACGGGCAAGAGAUGGUAAAUAUAUAGAGCAGCUGGGUUCAUACGACCCCCUCCCUAACAUCUACAACGAGAAACUUGUGAGUUUCAACUUCGACCGGAUCAAGUACUGGAUCGGUUGCGGCGCCCACCCUUCAAAACCAGUGGCCAAGCUUCUAGGGUUGGCAGGAUUUUUCCCUCUGCACCCAAUGACUCUAACCGAGGCAGAGCGUCGACGAGCCCAAACACAACAGACAGAAACGACAACAGGAACAGAGGAAACAGUGAACGAGGAACAGAAGCCAGUUGAAGUGUGAGAGUUAAAGCUGUGGACUCUGUGACUGUCCACUUAAAAAGGAUGUCACACUUGUUUGGAACGAGAACUGAUUGAUUUGUUUCCUCACUCAUUGGGGGGAUUGCCUAUAACAGCUUAAGAUAUGGCAUACUGUAGUUGCUUCAGUAGUCUGUGUGAGCAAUUUGCUUUACCGCUGAUGACAGCUACGUGGUUAUGAGUACCAUGAGUGGUGGUGAUCUAUAAGUAUUUGCUGUUUUAUGCGACUUGAUUAAAAUACUUCAAUAUUA